CGCGGCCGCUCCGUGUGGCCGCAGUCGGGGGCUCACCGGGGCCGGCACGAUCGCGGCCGGCGGGGUGGGCGCCGGCCAGGGUGUGUCGGGAGGACCGUGGCGGCGGGCUGCGGCCCAGGAGGCGGGGCGCCGGGCUGGACCUGGCCGCUGCCGCCGGCCGGCGUUAAACAGCAGCCAGCGAGGUGCCUUCGUGGCCCCGGCCUGCGGGAAGCCGGCCCAGGGCACCCCUUCCGUGGCGGCCGGAGCCCUAACCGCCCCCUGGGGAUGCGGCUGGGAGAGGCCACGCUGGAGUGUGGCGGGUUGUUCUUGGCAGCAGCUCCCGCCCUAGGCCGGCUCUCGUGAAGAAUUUGGAAAAGACCCACGUCCAGUCCUGAGGCCGAGGGUCCUCUGGGCUUCCGAAGGAAGCCUGGGUGAACGAUGGGCGUUUUUUGAAGAAUCACUGGGUUGAGCGGGGGGAUGUGGUCUGUCUAUGAAACGCUGGGAAAAAACAAAAUCCGUUAACCACCGAGUCCUUGAAAGAGACACCCCGUGGAGCUGAAACCUCACGAGCCAGCGCUCUCGCGUCCCCUUCUCUGGCCCUGCCAGCGUCCGAGGCCGAUCUGUUUUAAAUCUGUUUCUGCAAGUUCCACAGUUCGCGCUGUAUGAUUGGUGCUUCCGGAUCCCUCCUGUCCUGCCUUUUGCUCCUCUAAGGGAAUGUAGAGGCAUGCAUUCAAACCCACUGAACUGGCUGCCUCACCAGGAGGCAGAACUUAAUUUAAGACAGGAGCCAGUUUCUCAGAGUUGUUAAAGUCACAUCAGCCCCCAGGAGUCCCCAGUUUCUGGUGCUUCAGGGUCCACUCAAAGCCCUGAGGGCAGGAGGUUGUGCUCAGAGGAGAACCACACAACCUGUGAGCACAGGUUCUGGCAGUUUCCUCACUGGAAGUGGCCAAGCCCAGCUGGGCGGGCUUCAUCAUGCUGCAGCAGCUCCUGAUCACCCUGCCCAGCGAGGCCAGCGCCUGGGUGAAGCUGCGCCAUCCAAAGAAGGCCAAGGAGGAGGUGCCCCUGUGGGAGGAUGUGACCAAGAUGUUUGAAGGAGCAGCUCUGCUCUCUCAGGCAGCUGAUGAGACCCAGCGAGAAAGUUUCAAGGAUGAAGUGACCUCAGGGCCCCUGAAAGCAGAAUCCCAGGAAUUGUUGACCUUCAAGGACAUAUCUGUGGAUUUCACCCAGGAGGAGUGGAGAAAUCUGGCCCCUGCCCACCGGAAUCUGUACCGGGAGGUGAUGCUGGAGAACUAUGGGAACCUGGUCUCAGUGGCAGGAUAUCAGUUUUCCAAACCUAGUGUGAUAUCGCAGUUGGAGAAAGGAGAAGAGCCAUGGAUGACAGAGAACAAUGGCCCAGGAUAUCCCAGUUCAGAUUUGAAAAGUAAAAUAGAAACUAAUAUGUCAACUGCAAAGAAUGACAUUUUACAAGAACAGUUAUAUCAUGGCAUUAUGAUGGGAAGGUUCAUAAGAGAUGAUGUCAUUUAUCCCACAAUGAGAGAAGUCUCCAAAUAUGAUGAAUUGGAAAGGCACCAAGAAACCCAUGGAAGAGAUGUGAGACAAGCCAUCUUGACCCACAAGAAGAGAGGCCAAGAAACUAACAAAUUUGGGGGAAAUUUUGUGAGUUCAAAUAGUAUCAUAGGACAGCGGUACCGUAAAUGUAACACACCUAGAAAGAGGAACAAAUACAAAUUAGAUUCAGUUAAUCAUCCAAGUUACAUAAAAACAAAAACCUAUGAAUGUAAUAUAUGUGAAAAAAUGUUUAAACAACCCAUUCACCUUACUGAACACAUGAGAAUUCAUACUGGUGAGAAACCUUUCAGAUGUAAGGAAUGUGGAAGGGCUUUUAGUCAAAGUGCAUCCCUUACUACACACCAGAGAAUCCAUACUGGUGAGAAACCCUUUGAAUGUGAAGAAUGUGGCAAAGCCUUCAGACAUCGGUCAUCUCUUAAUCAGCAUCAUAGAACUCACACUGGGGAGAAACCCUACAUAUGUGAUAAAUGUCAGAAAGCUUUCAGCCAAAACAUUAGCUUGAUCCAACAUCUGAGAACUCAUUCUGGAGAGAAACCCUUUACAUGCAAUGAAUGUGGGAAAACCUUUCGACAGAUUAGACACCUUAGUGAACAUAUAAGAAUUCACACUGGGGAGAAGCCCUAUGCAUGCACCGCAUGUUGUAAAACCUUUAGUCAUAGAGCGUAUCUAACGCAUCAUCAGAGAAUCCAUACUGGGGAAAGACCCUACAAAUGUAAAGAAUGUGGGAAAGCCUUUAGGCAGAGGAUACACCUUAGCAACCAUAAAACUGUUCAUACAGGAGUGAAAGCAUAUGAAUGCAACCGCUGUGGGAAAGCCUAUAGGCAUGAUUCAUCCUUUAAGAAACAUCAGAGACAUCACACUGGAGAAAAACCAUAUGAAUGUAAUGAAUGUGGAAAAGCUUUCAGCUAUAAUUCAUCACUUAGUCGACACCAGGAGAUACACAGAAGGAAUGCUUUCCAAAAUAAUGUAUGAAAACAUUAUUCAACAUGAGAACAAAGCCAAGUCUAAAUCAGUGAUUCUAUACUUUUAUAUUUCAGGAUUCUAAAUUUCAGGAGUUGAUAUGAUGCCAACUCUUAAUUUGCCCACUGUGUAAAAAACACUGUAUUGAUAACUGCUAUCUACUAACACCUCUCUACAAAGUACUCAAUCAAGAAUAAAGGAUAGUCCUUCAAAUCAAAUUCAGCA